AACCAGGGCUCAAUGGACAUCUGUAACCUGAGCAGCUACCACACAGGGCCCUUCACCCUUUUGGGCAUCCCUGGAUUAGAGCAGUAUCACACCUGGAUCAGCAUCCCCUUCUGCUUUAUCUAUCUCGUGGCCAUUGUGGGCAACAGUAUCCUUCUCUACCUCAUUACAAUGGAGCACAGUCUUCAUACACCCACGUUCUUUUCCCUUUCCAUGCUGGCAACUACUGACCUCAUAUUGUCUACCAUAUGUGUCCCCAAAAUGCUUAGCAUCUUCUGGCUUGGUCCCCAGGAAAUCAGUUUCCCUGGGUGUCUUACUCAGUUAUUCUUCCUGCACUACAGCUUUGUCCUGGACUCAGCUAUACUGAUGGCCAUGGCUUUCAACCGCUAUGUGGCCAUCUGCUCCCCCUUAAGAUAUACCACAAUACUGACGCCACGAACAAUGUCAAAAUUGCUGUGGGAAUCUGUUUCCACAUUUUCUGUGUUUUUAUCCCAUGUUUUCCUUGUGACCCAUCUACCAUUCUUCAGGACACAUCUUAUCCCCCACACAUACUGUGAGCACAUAGGGGUUGCCCUCCUGUUUUCUCCAUCAACAUCUGGUAUUUUUUGUGUUCCCAUCAUGACAAUCACUGUAGAUGAAAUCUUAAUUGCUGUCUCCUACAUUCUCAUCCUCCAUGCUGUUUUUCACCUCCCCUCGCGAGAGGCCCGCCAGAAGGCCCUUGGCACCUGUGGUUCCCAUGUCUGUGUCCUCAUGUUCUACAUCCCAGCAUUCUUCUCCAUCCCUGUGCAUUGCUUUGGGCAUAAUGUACCACGUACCUUUCACAUGGUGUUUGCCCAUCUCUAUGUAGUUAUCCCACCUGCGCUUAACCCUAUCAUCUACGGAGUAAAGACUAAACAGAUCCGGGACAAAGUCAUUAUUCUGUUCUUUCCCAAGAACAUUUUCCUAAAAAAAAAUGAGGCUGAAUGA